AUGUUAUCUGUACCAAACUUUUUCAAUUUUUCAAAUUUAAACUGGAAAUCAUCUGCAACUGGUUUCAGAUUGGGAAAAUUCAUUUUCGAAUCUUACUUGUACGCGAGACAGUACAGAGUAUUGAAGGGACUCACUAACUGGGGGUCAUAUCAAGAUCUCGAUCACGAGUAUUUUGGGAAUAGCCAGAAGUAUUCUCAAGCAAAAUUGAAAUAUAAUUACGUUAAAGACAUAUUUGAUUUGAUAAAAGACCUAUUUGUCAUUAAAUUCAACGUGUAUGCUUUUAUUUGGAAAAUAAGUGGAAGAGUUUUAAAAGCUUCAAGUUUCCUACCACAGAGUGAGUUGUUUCAAACCUUGAUAUUUUCAGCUAUAGCUAGAUUAUUAUUGUUUGUUUAUAAUUUACCAUUAGGAUAUUAUUUCAAUUUUGUCCUUGAAGAGAAAUUUAAUUUUAAUAGGAGUACUAUUAAGAGUUGGCUAUUUUCUGAUUUAGCAGGAUGUCUCGUUCAGUUGAUAAUUGAUUCAACCACAAUUUCGUUAUUCUUAAAAACGGUCAAUUAUUUUGGUAAAAUUCCUAUUUUGCAACUGACAAUGCUUACUGCAGCAAUAUUUUUUACAAUUUUUACAAUUUAUCCAACGUUUAUUUUACCACUCUUUUUCAAGGCCAGCCCAUUACCAGAUGGUGAACUAAGAACUAGAAUUGAAAAGCUUGCAGUUGAAAAAGCAUUCCAAAUCAAAAGAAUCUCCGUGCUUGAUGCUUCAACAUACUCAUCUCAUUCGAAUGCUAUGGUAAGUGGUUUUCCUUGGCGAGGUGAAAUUGCUUUAUCUGACACAUUGCUUGAGGACCUCUCAACUGAUGAAGUAGUAUCUGUUGUUGCCCACGAAUUGGGACAUUUAAAAUUGUUUCACAUUUUAAAGCAGAUCACUUUUAUAAGUAGUCUGGUGGGAUUGAAUUUAUUUCUUUUGUCAAAGGCAAUUCAAAAUAAGAGUUUAUAUGAACAAUUUGGCUUUUCUGAAAAGUUCGUAGUUAUUGGAUUUUUAUUAUUUCAAAAUAUUGCAAUUCCACUUAAUUUAAUUGUCCAUCUUUUCGAUCACUACUACAAGCAAAAACUCGAAUAUGAAGCUGAUUAUUAUUCUGCGAUUGAUUGUGGAUUGAAAGAAGCGACAUUGACAGGCUUAUCCAAAAUAUUUAAAAAUAACUUAAAUUCUCUUGAUUCCGACUGGUUGUUUAAUCUUUAUCAUCGAACACACCCGAGCUCCACAGAUAGAUUAGAAGCAGUCAGAAAGGCUAUAAGCAAAUAUACUUUAGAUUCAACAAGAUGA